AUGCAUCAUCCUCUUGCAAAAUGGAUUCUUAAGGUGGGCGAUGGAACAGUUGACACCAUCGAAGAGGAUGAGACCACAAUUGAGAUUCCGUGGGAUUUGUUGAUCGGACAGGGUCCUGAUCCUCUUCUUGAGUUGGUCAAUUUUGCUUAUCCGGACAUAGUGCCGAACUUGGAAAACGUUUCUUACUUCCAGGAAAGGGCGAUUCUUGCCCCUACACUCGAGAGCGUCGAGCAUGUCAACAACUACAUGCUGUCAAAGCUUCCCGGUGUCGAGCGCGAGUACUUGAGCUACGAUACCCCGUGUUGGUCGGAUGAGGAUUCCGAGGUUCACGCGGAGUGGUUCACCUCUGAGUUUUUAAACGAUGUUCAGUGCUCGGAAAUUCCAAACCACAGACUGAUAUUGAAAGUUGGGGUUCCGAUCAUGCUUCUACGAAAAAUAGACCAAGCAGCCGGUCUGUGUAAUGGGACCCGGUUGAGGGUCACUCAUCUUACUCAGUAUAUAAUUGUUGCGACUGUUUUAUCAGGAAUCAGGCUGGGUAAAACUGAGUACAUUCCGAGGAUAACCUUAACACCUUCUGACUCUGGUCUUCCCUUCAAGUUCUCUCGAAGGCAGUUCCCGGUGACUUUAUGCUUCGCGGUGACUAUAAACAAGAGUCAGGGCCAGUCCCUUUCUCAUGUCGGUUUGUACCUUCCGAGGCCUGUGUUUACUCAUGGACAGCUGUAUGUCGCUCUCUCAAGGGUGAAGUCAAGAAAAGGCUUGAAGGUGCUCAUUGUGGAUGAGCAAGGGGUGGUUUCGAGCUCCACGCGCAAUGUUGUUUACAAAGAAGUUUUUGAGAACGUGUGA